AUGGGCGAGAAGACGCAUGUGCCGAGCCUAGGCUACAAGAUCUUCCGGCAUAAGGACGCUCUCGACCCUUCGAAGCUCACCUUCGAGCCACGGAGGUCGAACAAGGAUGCUCUCAAAGUGCGCUACGGGGGCGACGCCGUGUACGUCCAGACGAACUCCUGCUUCCUUAAGACGUGUCUCGUGUACGACGGUGAGGUGCAGAAGACCGUCGACCUGGAGAUGUUCGAGAUGCGCAGCGACAAGCACAAGGAGGUGGUGCACAAACUGCGCUCCAUCGAGGAGGCCGCGGAGGCGCACCUGAGGACCCUGAUGGACGCUCCCGGCGAGACGGCCCUUCUCAAGAGCUCGCUCCGCACCCUCCAGAGGAGCGCCAAAGGCUCCCAGCCCACGUUCCGGGUGUCCGGGGAGAACCUAUCGCUGGAGGACAUCCAGACGACCGAGGCAAGGAACGACGUAGAGCCAGGCACCCCAGUCCUGGUCAUGCUGGAGUUGGCCGGGUUGAGGCGGAACGCUGAGGGCAGAGGGGUCCUCUCGUGGUCCCUCUACCAAGUCAAGGUGCUCCAGGACCCCGAGAAGGGCGACGAUGUGCACGGGCGACCGCCCAAGGCGGAGUGGGGCGAGGAAGACACGUUCCUGUUCGUCUUUCUCGCCGCUGUGAUCCUGUACUUCGUUUCCACCACGGCCUUCGCGUUGCCCCAGCAGAGCGGCGGAUACGUCACGGAUGCCGAGGAGCUCGAAGGGUUCCAGACGGUGACGGACCCCUCGAGGGGACUCCCGAAUGGCCCCCAGGACUGGAGCGCGUUCGCCCCUCAGGUCUCCCCCGAUCUCGAGGGAGUCAAGCUCCUCGACCCCAUCCAGUUCAUAGGCACCAGCACAUCCGGCGUCAAGAAGAACAACAGCUUAGACAUCAGGCAGGCCAUCGUCAUACCGAAGCAGAGCUUCCCUUGGAACAAUUCGAGCCUGCAGCCGACCGACUUCAGGAGGAACCAGUCGAUCGACACGAUCUAG